CUCCAUCUCCAUCUCCAUCUCCAUCUCCAGUCUCCACUUUGUUCUCCAUUCUCCAAGUCUCGUUGGUGCCGUUCACCAUCUCCAGCUCCGACCUCGCACGGUCGGACCUCACAAGCCACAGUAUAACCGUCGUUCACUCUCCAGCUCCGAGCUUGCACGGUCGGCCGUUCGCACAUCAUCCCAAUCCCCGGAUCUAACCUCUCAUCCUCCUCAAUCCUCAUUUAGCCCGUGCGCCGUCAAUAGGGGGUGAAGCAAAUACUAUGUUGGAAGAGAAACUUUCCCCUGCAUUUUGAUUCUGAGUCGCAAUCUUAAUUGAACGGAAACAUGAGGUUUACUGUAAUUUCCAGAUUACUCCCUCGUCGCCACAAUUUGCCCAGCACAUGUGCACUUGGGAAUUCUCGUGCAUUCCAACCCGAUUUUGUACCCAGAGAUCCAAAAGCCAAACCAAAAAAGUACAAAAUCCCUCAAUUUUAUGAUCCAUAUGGCCCCAGACCUCCUCCCUCGGAGAAAGUUGUUCAGCUUGCAGAGCGAAUAGCGGCAUUGCCUGAUGAAGAACGCCGUCAAAUUAUGCCUACUUUGGCAGAAAGACUAAGGCUUCCGAAGUUGCAGCCAAUUUCAACUGAAGGCUUGGACUUGGCUCCACAAGGUGGUGCGGCUGGACCGAAGGCUGAGGAGAAAAAAGCAGAAAAAACAGCAUUUGACGUCAAGUUGGAAAAGUUUGAUGCUGCUGCAAAGAUCAAGGUGAUUAAGGAGGUCAGAACAUUUACCAACCUGGGUUUGAAAGAGGCGAAAGAUCUCGUUGAAAAAGUACCUGUUGUGCUCAAACAAGGGGUGACUAAAGAAGAGGCAAAUGAGAUGAUAGAAAAGAUUAAAGCUGCUGGAGGAGUAGCAGUUAUGGAGUAGGAUAUUUUGAAGCAAAGAAAACUAAACUAAACGCUGUAGGUUGAGGCAAAUGAAUUACAAUUUGAUAUUGUUUUGAGAAUUUUGCUGUAGGUCAAUCUUUUUAAAUGGUUCUGUGAUGAACUCAAAAAUUAUAUCAGCCGGUUACCAGUUGUAUUCUUAUACUCCA